AUGGCAUCAUCUCGCACUUCGAUGCAUCCAGACCUGAAGGAAAUGAUCGGUGACACCCGAGCAUUCGAACAGCUCCAGCCUUCCCUUAGCCCCGAAGGCCCCGUCGACCAACUCACUGAUGCACCGGAGCCUGGUACAUACACUCUGUACCAGAUGAAGCCAAUAUUAGAAGAUGCAGUGGACUUCGAACUAUGGCUGGAGUGCGCAAGAAACUUGCUGCGCGCCCAAAACCUUCACAAUUUUCUCGAUAUUUCCUUGAGACCAAAAACGGAUCACCCGCGAGCCCAAAAGUGGAUAAUACUUUCUCGAGAUGUGCAGAGAUGGCUCGUAUCAAACAUGUCCGUGGAAAUCUAUGGCAUGAUCAGAGAUACCGGGUAUGAUAUUCAAUUCGCCGAUUCCUUCAUUUUUAACGCCCGUCGAAUCAUCAAUACAACUACUCUGGCUGCGGUGCGCCAGACCCUGGAUGGUAUUUUGUGGCUAAAGAAGGCAGAUUUCCCGACCUCCCUGGAAUUUCUUAUCACCAUCCGCGAUCGUUUUAGAAAAAGCAACAAGGGUGCGGGUGCGGGACUCAUCCAUCCUCUGAUCAUCUUCCACUUGUUGGUGCGUGAGCUUCAAGGGUACAUGCCGGUGUUUAUCAAAUCGAAAGUUGCUGAGAUCGAAGGUGGGAUGGAAAAUCUUGUACGAGAAUUUACCGUGGAGGAUUUAAACAUGAUUAUCGAUGAGAUGAUAUCAUUGUUGACUUUUGUCAAGCCACCAAGUGGCAACCAGCUUGGCGUGCCCCGGGGAGUAAGCACAUCGUCUACCCCAAACGAAUCAAGCUGA